AUGGCGCAUCUGGAGAUGGCUGCAAACCCUUUCUUGACAGCAAUGGGGCUACAGAGGACUCCUGUGCUUCCCUCACCAUUUGGACUUCCCACUGUGGACAGAGAUGCCUUGUCUUCUACCAUAGCUUCCACAGACCCAAGGCAAUUUUGUGUUCCUUCUCAAUUCAGUUCUUCUGUUCUACCAAAUGCAAGUAUGCCACAUCUGUUGUCCAGUUGUGUCUACUCAGGUUGGAGCAUUUUACCACCUGAUUCAAUAAAGACAGUGACCAGAAGAAAUGAAAUGAUUCAGAGGCAUCAUAUUGCCAGGGAUGAAAUGGAAAUGUAUGCUAUCUAUCAGCAAAGGAGAAUGGGAAAUGUGAAUCCCAAAAAACCAGUGGGCCUUGGGGCGCCCUAUCUCUAUGGGCCCAGCGGCCCAGCCUCCUACCAUGGUAGGCCCAUGCUGCCUGCCAGGGACCUGCAUUUUCACAGAAGUGCAGUGAGAAACCCCACGCUGGUGGCAAGCAGACAUCCCUUUAUAGAGAGCUGGGAGCAGAAGUGUCAACUCAGAAGAGGUACAGGGAAUCCGAAACCUCCAGACAGCCAUAUGGAAAACUCCAAAAGCCAAGCAGAAGGAAAUAUCCCAAUCCAGACACAUACGAUUCCCUUUGAACAAGAGGAGUAUGGAAAAGAUCCAGAAAUUGAAAUAUGCCCUAAUCAGAAGUCAGGUGAAACCGAUGGGAAGCCAACCACAGCUGCGGACUGCCGCUGUGGAGACGGCCAGUCGAGCCACAGAAAACCCUGGGCAGCCCCUGCCGUACUUCUACACACACAGGCCAGCGAUGUGGGGGAAAGCAAGCCUUCUGAGCAGGCGUUGGAAGCCUAUGCUGAGAAGGGUGGAAUUUGUGCUCCAGUUUCUCACCUGUCUCUACCAGGAGCACAUGCACAAAUUACAACUGGAGAAAAUAUGUCUUUGGAAGAAGAUAUUCAGAUGUGGACGGUGGAUGAUGUACACAACUUCAUUAGAAACCUGCCGGGUUGUUCAGACUAUGCCCAGGUGUUUAAAGAUCAUGCAAUCGAUGGAGAAACUUUACCAUUACUCACAGAAGAGCAUCUUCGAGGCACUCUGGGCCUGAAGCUAGGCCCAGCACUCAAGAUUCAGUCUCAGGUGUCUCAGCUCGUGGAAAGUGCCCUGCUCAAGAAAACGCCCUCCCUUCCUAGCCAUAGGACACAGGCAUUUGCUCAACCAGUAGAACCAUCUUGUCUUGUGGAUUUUAAUUCCUGGAAUGAUCCAUUGAGCACUCCUUCUCCCCAGGAUAUAAUGAUUCCUAAAAGAAUUGAGAUAGACAAUCUGAGAAGUUAA